AAAAAAAACGUCAAUUAUUAACCAACCGCAGACGUUAUCCAUCUUCGAUGUCUCCGCCGUAAACCCCUCACCGGAAAAAAACAUAAAUAUGUUCACAAAGCAAAAACGCUCCGGCCGGAAACUUGACCGGAAAAACGCCUUCAAAAACGUCGAUUACGACGCAUCCACAUCAUCAUCAUCCUCUUCCUUUUCACUAUUCGACACCAAACCAACUCACCGAGCUCCAUCACUCGACAGUUCUCCGUUCCCCGAUCAAAUCAGUCACCGGAUUGAAGGCACCGCCGGCGAAGUUGAGUCAAUUUUCCGGUCGUUAGGCCUCUCCGGACCCGAAGAUUUAGCUAUCCCAGUAGCCGAUUGGGAAGCCCAUAAAGCCUGCUGCUCUGUUGUUUCAUGUACAAACACUCUGGGUAAGGUUAAUGAUGACGUAAGCAGAAUUGAAUUGAGUGGUGUUGAAGUAAUUGGGAGAAGUAGAAUGAAGGGGGUGAGGCCGCCGCCGGUGUUACCGGUGAUUGUGGAUAAGCAUUGGGAAGAUCCGGUUAGGGUUCAUGUUGUGAGAGAAUCUACUGGUCUUGAGUAUUUGGUUUCGCCGAAUGGUACGGUGGUCCGGUGCAGUAUUAAGAACUGGCAGAAGGGGGAUUUUCUUGGCAGUGGGUCAUUUGGAACUGUUUAUGAAGGCUUCAAUGAAUAUGGCUUCUUUUUUGCUGUGAAGGAGGUUUCUUUGCUUGAUCAAGGAAGCCAAGGAAAGCAGAGCAUUCUUCAGCUUGAACAGGAGAUAUUCUUAUUAAGUCAAUUUCAACACGAUAACAUCGUUCGGUAUCUUGGGACAGAUAAGGAUGAUGGGAAACUAUACAUCUUUCUUGAGCUUGUGCCCAAAGGUUCAUUGGCAAAUCUCUAUCAGAAGUAUCGUUUACGGGACUCCCAAGUCUCCACGUACACAAGGCAGAUUUUGAGUGGUUUGAGCUAUCUGCAUGACCGAAAUGUCGUUCAUAGGGAUAUCAAAUGUGCUAAUAUAUUGGUUGAUGUGAGCGGGUCUGUGAAGCUUGCAGAUUUUGGGUUGGCAAAGGCAACCAAGUUAAACGACAUCAAAUCUUGCAAGGGGACUCCAUAUUGGAUGGCACCCGAGGUUGUUAAUAAUAAGAAGAACAAGGGGUAUGGACCUGCAGCUGAUAUUUGGAGCCUUGGUUGCACUGUUUUGGAGAUGCUAACCGGUCGAGUUCCAUACUCCCACUUGGAAGGGAUGCAAGCAUUAUUCAGAAUUGGCAAUGGUGAACUCCCUUCUAUUCCUAAAACAUUGUCGGCAGAGGCCCGUGAUUUCAUACUUAAAUGCUUACAAGUUAACCCGAAUGACCGGCCUACUGCUGCCCAACUACUGAACCACCCAUUUAUGCAGACACCGGCCUCCAUGAACUCGAGCCCAGUUUCUCCACUGUGUGGCAGCAUGCGCGGUCUUAACGGAAGAAGCCCAUGACAAUGAUAAUGUAAAGUGACUCGCCAUUCGUUACCAUUUCUCAUGGUAUUUUUGUAAGUUUUGUAGUCAUAGGUAGUCAUUGUUUUCAGAUCAACUGUAAAUAGCUUUUUUAGUUUUUCAUGGUUAGAGGUAUGAUUUGUUGAUUAGGGUCGGUACAUUGCUUGCGUCAUUUUCAAUUAGAAUAAAACGAAGAUGAUCUCUUUAUUUG